UACAGUAAAGUAAUCAAAAUUUAAAAAUACUUCAUCCUUAAUCCCAAUGGGUAAAAAAUUGCAUAGAUUAGUACAUUAUUAUUUGAGCUACCAUUGUUUAUCGGCUGCGGAUGAAUUUGCAAAGCAUCUUAAUAUAGAUAAAUCAGUAAAUCCAAUUACUACACUUGAAGAUAUUUAUGCACAUUGGAAGAAACAGAAUGAUAAAACGAUACAAGCAUUAAUCGGUAAUAUUCCAGAAAAAAAUGAGGAAGUAAAAGCCUUGCAAAUACCACCUGUUAUUACUGAAGAAAAGGAGAAAGCCCUUGUUAUAGCUGAAAAUAAAAAAAAGAAGCCUGAAAAACCGUCAAAAAAUAUUCCUGUCAAAUUAAAUGGCCUAUUGCCUAGAUCUCUAAUGCUCAAACAACAACAACAAACUCUUAAAUCCAUUGCUGAACCAACACUUUCUAGCACUAUUGUUACUAGUUCAAACUCCAAUUCAGAAUUGACAGGCAAUUAUGUUCUUGGUGAAAAGUCAGGCAACAUCACAGAAGAUAAAUCAGAAAAUAUACAAACGAUAUCAAAAUCAGACAAGCUGAAAAAUGCCAUAAACCUUGGAAUCCGCCAAAUGCUCACGCCAUCCUCCAAAAAAGUGGCCACCAAACAGCCAAUAAAAUCGAAACCUGUUAUGAAUGACAGCUCUGAAAAGCGUCAAAUAACAUCAAAUAUUUUUGAUAAAAGUGAAACAAAUACUUAUCUCGAAUCCAUAGAGAGUGCCAUAAAAAGAAGUAGUAACCAAGAGAUAGAACCUAAUGCAAUUCCAAGAACCAAUUCUAUAACUGACGUUGCCAAGGAUUUAGAAUCUAAAAAAUCAUCUGAUUCUACUAGCAAAAAUAGCACUCCAAAGGCCAUUAUUACCUCAAACCUUGAUCAUAUAAAGGAAAGCAUGUCUAAAAGUAUGGAGCGCUGUUUUGUUAAGCUCAAAGAAGAUGAUGCCGUGAUUGUGCCAUCUCCCAGCUCUAAUCCUGAGGACAAACCUAAAAAGAGUAACAAACGCAAAAAAAAGGAAAAAAUUUUGAAUUUGCUUACCGAGUCAGCUGACCAUAUAAUCAAUGUCAACAAUGCUGAAAACGAAGCUGUGGUGAUUAUAAAUAAACCACCAAAGCCCAAGAAGAGCAAAAAGAUUAAAUGUGUGGAGAAUAACCGGGAAAUUAUAAUGACCAAUCCUAUAUUUUCUCAAGAAGCACAGGAGCCUCCCACUGACAAAAUAGCAAUUCUUGCUGGUUGGUCUAAGGACAACAUACUAGCCGAUAAUGUAAAUGAUGACGUCAAAAAACGCAAGAAAAAGAGUAAAAAAUUGAAUUUGAGUGAUAUUAUGGAAAAGCCUAAUAAAGAUACAGAAAAUUCUAUAAUCGUCAACGGCAUGAAUGGGAUGAGCAAUGGAUAUCUUGAACCCUUUGUCAGCCUGACUUCCAUUAAAACGGAUGCUCUGGAUCAAAAACAUCAGAUGCCGAAUUCCAAUAAACCGUUUAGACGAAUCGAAACCUAUGGUGAGAUAAAGAUUGAUCCAAAAUUGUGCGACAAUUCUUUCGAAGCUAAAAAAGGGGCCGCUAACUCCUGGGGAGAAAAAGCAAACGAUGUCCUAAAGUUUACUAAGGGCAAAGGUUUUAAACACGAAAAGAAUAAGAAAAAAAGGGGAAGCUAUGCCGGUGGUAUCAUAUCAAUGUCCGUCAAUUCUGUUCGAUUUAGUGAUGAUGAAUCAUAAACCUUUUUAAAUACUUUUAUAGGCGUUUUUUUAAAAAAUAUUAUUUAUAAUCAUGUUUUUUAAAGCCAUAAUUUUAGUUUAAAAAAAUAUAUUUUUUGUAU